AUGUCGUCCACGUCGUCGACGCUGGCGCUGCUGCAUGCCAACAUCUUUGUCUAUGCGUUCGCCUUCUGGGUCACGCAGCCGACGCUGCCGUUCCUGCUCAAGGAGCUCAGCGCCGAUAUGCUUCUCUUCUCUCGCUUCCAGACCUUUUGCUCGUUCUUGCAGCUCUUUGGCGGACCGCUCGCCGGGCGCAUUUGCGAUGCCUUUGGCUUUACGCCGACGCUUGUGCUCUCGCAGGCAGCUGCUGCCCUCUCGUACGCGCUCCUCGCCACGACGACGUCGGUGCCCAUGCUCUUUCUGAGCCAGCUCCCGACUGUCUUCAUGCACGCGAUGCACGCCGCGCAGUCGGCGAUGACGGUGCUCUGUGACACAAACCAGCGCGCUGUCGCCAUGGGUCGUCUCAGCCUCAGCUAUGGCGGUGGCAUGGUGGUCGGCUCGUAUGUCGGCGGCGUCGUCGCCGAGGCCUACUCGAACCAGCACGCCGCGGGUCUUGCAGCGCUGCUCUCGCUUGCCAUCAUUCCGCUCACCAUCGUGUUGCUUCCUCGCAGGCCCGCGACACCAGCGAAAGCUACUACGGCGUCGCCCGAUACGUCGAUGCACCUGGGGAAGAUCCUAUUGAUCCUUCGUGAACCGUCCGUGCUCCACCUCGUCGUCGUGCAGCUUCUCCUCGGUCUCGCCGUGGCGAUCUACCGCAGCACGUUCUCCGAGGUGUUGCGCGACCAGCUCCAGCUCGGACGGCAGGACAUUGGGCUUGUCAUGUCGCUCAGCGGCGCGACGUCCAUCGUGAGCAACGGUCUGCUCCUCCAGCUGUGCACGAGCCGGUGGGCCGACGCGACGGUUGUCGACAGCGCCGCCGUGGUUAUGGCCACGACCUUCUUGGCCUACGGACACAUUCCCGUGACGCCUGAAGGCCUCGUGUACGUGCUGGCGGUCGUGACGCCGAUGACGGCAGCGUCGUCGAUCGCGUACACGCUGCUGUCGUCGCAAAUGUCGCGAGCCGUCGACGACCGGGACCGCGCGACGGCCCUCGGCAUCAGCCACGCCGUGCGCAGCUUCUGCGGCCUCCUGGCGCCAACCAUUGGAAGCUUCCUCUUCCAUACGUACGCAGUCCAGGUACUCAGUGUGACGUGCGCCACGAUCUCGGGUCUCGCAAUCGUCGCUGGUACCUUCUUCCGCACCACGUACUAUCCCAAGCCCUCUGUCAAGCGCGACUAGACAUGCCGCCACCAACUAAUGGCAACCCG